UUUUAAUAUUUCUUAUUUUAAGUUACAGGGUUCUAGUGUUGACAAUAGGAUGGAUAAUAUUUCUUUCUUCCUUUAUUCCUGUGCAUCUCCUACUGAAGGGACAUGACAAGUUGAGGAGAAAGAUUGAGAGGUCAUUGGUGGAGAUGAUGUGCAGUUUUUUUGUUGCAUCAUGGACUGGAGUUGUCAAAUAUCAUGGGCCACGUCCUAGCAUGAGACCAAAGCAGGUUUUUGUGGCCAACCACACUUCCAUGAUUGAUUUCAUUAUUUUAGAACAGAUGACUGCAUUUGCUGUAAUUAUGCAGAAGCAUCCUGGAUGGGUUGGAUUAUUGCAGAGCACCAUUUUGGAGAGUGUAGGAUGUAUCUGGUUCAAUCGUUCUGAGGCAAAGGAUCGAGAAAUUGUUGCCAAGAAAUUGAGGGAGCAUGUCCAGGGCGCUGACAAUAAUCCUCUUCUGAUAUUUCCUGAAGGAACUUGUGUAAAUAAUCACUACACUGUCAUGUUCAAGAAGGGUGCAUUUGAACUUGGCUGCACAGUUUGCCCAGUUGCAAUAAAAUACAAUAAAAUAUUUGUGGAUGCUUUUUGGAAUAGUCGAAAGCAAUCAUUCACUAUGCAUCUGCUGCAGCUAAUGACAUCUUGGGCUGUUGUUUGUGAUGUUUGGUACUUGGAGCCACAGAAUCUGAAGCCAGGAGAAACAGCCAUUGAGUUUGCUGAGAGGGUGAGAGACAUAAUCUCAGUUCGAGCUGGCCUCAAAAAGGUUCCUUGGGAUGGAUAUCUAAAGUAUUCUCGUCCUAGCCCAAAGCUGAAGGAAGGGAAGCAACAAAACUUUGCUGACUCAGUUCUACGACGCCUGGAGGAAAAAUGAUGUGCAACUUUUUGUAUAUCCGUACACUUUUGUCCUUCAAUGCCCUUUUGUUUUCUCUAGACGCGGUCUUUAUAAUGACGUUUGAUUA